GGGAUGAGACAUUCAGUAGCUGCAGAGAGACAGCAGCAGGGCGGACGUUAAAGAGCGCUAUUCUAAAUGGCAAGACGAUAGAAAUAACAAACACUUGUAGUGCGAUCCACUGAUACGGAAUUUAUUUGUGUGCUUUCAGAUUUGAGCAUUUCUGCGUUAGGCCUAUAGUCUAGUUUUUCUAGCAUACAAUGGCGAUACAAACCCGGAAAAGACGGUGGUUAGGUGGAUGGGCAUUUCCUUAUUUUGCUCUUCUUUUUCUUCAUUUGAAAGGAAUCUCCGGACAGAUACGAUACUCCAUUCAAGAGGAAUUGAAAGUCGGAACGGCAGUUGGGAAUAUAGCUAAAGACCUGGGAUUCGACACGUCGAGACUAGCGGACCGGAAUCUUCGCAUUGUGUCUGGAACAAAGCACGAGCUCUUCCAGGUUAACCAGAGAAAUGGUGCUUUGUUAGUGAACCACAGAGUAGACAGAGAGGAACUGUGCGUAAAAAACACGCCGUGUUUCAUCAACCUAAAAGCAGUGAUAGAAAAUCCGCUAGAAAUGCACCAAGUGACAGUAGAGAUAAUAGAUGUAAAUGACAAUUCCCCUAAAUUCCCUGAGGAAACAUAUAAUUUGGAAAUACUAGAGUCGGCAUUGGCAGGGACACGCUUCCAAGUGGAGGGAGCACACGACUCAGAUGUAGGCUUAAAUGCUUUGCAGUCUUACACCUUAAGCCACAACCAGUAUUUUCGUGUGGAAACAGAAGAAUUUGGUGAAGACGGUAAAAUCCCAUUUCUAGUAUUACAAAAACCAUUGGAUAGGGAGCUUAUUUCUCAACACACGUUGCUGUUAACAGCGUUAGAUGGGGGCAAGCCACCCAAAACAGGAGCCCUUAAUAUCACAGUUAUUGUGUCUGAUAUAAAUGACAAUGCACCCGUGUGUGACAAGCAGAAAUACACAGUAACCGUAAAGGAAAGUGCACCUGCGGGGACAUUUUUAAUUCGAUUGAAUGCCUCUGAUACGGACGAGGGUCUAAAUGGCGAGGUCAAGUAUUCUUUGCGAGGCAAAUUUAGAGCUAUGGGUGCUGAGCCCUUUGAGUUGGACAGUAAAACAGGAGAGCUAAAAGUGAAGGGAGGCCUUGAUUUCGAGGAGAAGCAAGUGUAUGAGAUGAAGAUACUGGCAGCGGAUACAGGAGCGGUGUCUCUCUCCACACACUGCAACGUGCUCGUCAGAGUUGAAGACGUGAACGACAACAGGCCCGAGAUUGACGUCACCUCUCUGUCCAGCCGGAUCCCUGAGGACGCACCUCCCGGUACCGUGGUAGCGCUAAUGGGGAUGACGGACCUGGACUCGGGUGUGAACGGACAGGUAGUCUGUUCUUUACCGAAGGAUUUACCGUUUGAUCUGAAGCCUUCUCCCGAUGGGCAUUUCUAUUCGUUAGUCACGAAUGCAUUCCUUGAUAAAGAGUCUGUGGCUCGGUAUGAUAUUACCAUCACGGCUAAAGACUUAGGAACAACUCCUUUGACAUCAACUAAAGUCAUUCAAGUGGAGGUAGUAGAUGUUAACGAUAACAAUCCACGUUUCACUGAAAACCCUUACACAUUUUAUGUAGUUGAAAACAAUAAACCCGGCAUGCCUAUUUUCUCUGUAAGCGCUUCUGAUUUUGAUGAAGGAGAAAAUGCAGCCAUUACAUAUUCACUGGACCGUGGGAGCACUGGACAAAGCGUGAAUUCCUUCCUAAACAUAAAUGAAGGCAACGGUAACAUUUAUGCACUAAAGAGCUUUGACUUUGAAACCCUCAAAUCAUUCCAGUUUCACAUCAUUGCCCAGGACUCUGGAACUCCGUCACUAAGCAGCAACGUCACAAUAAACGUGUUCAUUCUGGAUCAGAACGACAACGCUCCAGUGAUCUUGUAUCCAGUCAGAGCUAACGGUUCCACUGAAGGUGUGGAGGAGAUUCCCCGCAAUGUGAACGCAGGCCAUUUGGUGACUAAAGUGAGAGCCUAUGACGCUGAUAUAGGAUAUAACGGCUGGUUAUUAUUUUCACUGCAGGAAGUUACUGACCACAGUCUCUUUGCUUUGGACCGUUAUACAGGACAGAUAAGGACACUUCGGUCAUUCACAGAGACCGACGAGGCUGAGCAUAAACUGGUCAUACUGGUAAAAGACAAUGGGAACGUUUCACUCUCAGCAACAGCUACUGUGAUUAUCAACGUUGUGGAGCCCAAAGAGGCUUUUGCAGCUUCUGAUGUUAAAAGCGCAGUAAAAGACGAGGAGGAGAACAGCGUUACAUUUUAUUUGAUCAUCACUUUGGGGUCAGUUUCAGCACUUUUUAUCAUCAGUAUCAUCGUGUUGAUUAUAAUGCAGUGCUCCAAAGCCCCAGACGAUUCCUCCAAGUAUUUACAAGAUGUGAAUUACGACGGGACACUGUGCCACAGCAUCCAGUACAGAUCCGGAGACAAACGGUACAUGUUAGUUGGACCCAGAAUGAGUAUAGGUUCUACUAUAGUCCCGGGCAGCAAUGGGAAUACUCUAGUGGUACCUGACCACAGGAGAAGAGCUUCUGGAGAGGUAAGAACUGUCUUUAUCCGUUACUGCCUAUUUAGUCGGAGAAAGAGACAUAUUUUGAGUGAAUGUGUGUGCUCGCAUAUUGUCGUCUGUGCGUAAUGUCCAUACGCAAACUCGCUG